AUGUGUGACAAGAGGGUCUCAGCCAGAGUUAAGGGAAACACCCACCGGGCUGUGAUCCAGCCGGCAAUACUUUACGGGCUGGAGACGGUACCCCAAACGAAGAAGGCGACAAGACUGGAGGUGGCUGAGAUGAAAAUGUGCAGAUGGGCAUGUGGCUUGACCAUGAGAGACAGGAUGAGAAAUUAUGAGAUCCGAGAGAAAAUGGGAGUGACGAAAAUCGGACUGAGGUGCAGAAGUGCGAGACUGAGAUGGUUUGGUCAUGUAAAGCUAAGAGAGGAGAACUACAUCGGAAAGAGAAUGUACCAACGGGAAGGAGAGGAAAAGGGCGUCCGAAGCAACGGUGGAUGGACAACAUCAAGGAAGACAUACGGUCCGUGGGUGCAAGGGAAGUAG